AUGGAGCACAAGGAUUAGUGCAGAGGAGCUGGCUCACUUUAUACACGUCAGGUGCGCGUCAUCUCUGCUUUGCUGGCCCUGUAACUCAACUCAGACGGGUGCAAAAUCCAUUUCUUUGAUUGCUAAUAAAUAUGGCGGUGAACACAAGCACAUCAUUGGUGUUGUCUAGUCUGCUGUCAGUCCUGGUCUUUGCAGGAAUGCAGAUGUUCAGUCGGCAGCUGGGCUCAUCAGAAUGGCUAACCAUCCUAGGGGGCUUCCUUGGCUCUGUGCUGUUUGUUUGCUCUCUUACUGCUUUCAAUAACCUGGAGAACCUUGUCUUUGGCAAAGGCUUCCAAGCCAAAAUCUUCCCAGAGAUUAUCUUGUGCCUGUGCCUCUCUCUGUUUGCCUCUGGUUUGGUGCAUCGUGUGUGUGUGACAACAUGCCUGAUCUUUUCUAUCUUUGCGCUGUACUACAUCAACAAAGUAUCAGCAGCUCUUUACCAAAUGGCACCUGCAACAACUCCGGCCAAAAUCACCAGCAAGGGCAAAAAAAAGAACUGAAGCACUUAUGACAUCAUGUUAUUCCCGCAGUCACCCAAUCAAACAACAAACUGCUGCGUACGUAAGCUACAAAAUAUGACGGUUUUGCCAUCAGCAGCAGCAUUUUUUCAUUCCACUCAUAAGUGUCUCACAAAGUGUCUUUUGUCCCACCAGUCCUAGCUGUAUGACUUUGGUUCUGCAUAUGGAAUAUUUUUUGUUGAAGUUUAUAUUAAAAACUGAAAAAGUC